UUUUGACUGACGGCGAGUGAUUGUCGACGAGCUAGCUCUCGUAAAAAGCUUAAUAUCUACCGACGUUUCGGGUUUUGUGAAAGAAUGAUAACGUACCACGCAAGCCCACCAUUAAAACUUACGUUAUUCAUAAUCAACGGUUGUUUUCUAUCAGUGAUAUAUGUGAAAUGGUCCAAUUUCCACGGUUGUAAUUUGACGACGUCGUAAGAAGUGUGCGGCGACACGGUGCAAAACGAUAUAAAAACAAUGUUUCUACAAAAUGCAAAGACACAAAUUCUCUGAGAACAUCAGGAAAAAUAUGUUUUCUGUCUUGAGAAGCAAAAAUAAGAGCGCUGUUCUUCUCGUAAACGCAUGCAUUUUAAUUUCAAAGGAUGUUGGUUUGAGAGCGAACUCAUGUUUUAUCGAUAGAAAACUUAGAUUUUUGCACCGUACACUACACAAUUUGCAUAAAGAAGGGUAAUAAUUUCUUGGUUAACCAUUUAUCUAGCCUUGAAGGACUAUGAAAGAAACAUGCAGUUAACUGCAUUAAGUUGUAGCUCGGAGAUCUACAUGUUCUUGCACAGAUUCGCACAGCCGAACGAAACAGACGACAUCGGCGCAGCAAAAAAUACACCGUGACGUAGGUGCUCUCUCGGACGUCCGCGCGAAAUGGUCAUAUAGCAAACGCUCGCCGUGACCUGUCAGUUCAGAAUUAGCACUCGUUGGAAGGAGAUCACUCUCUCGUUUCAUUUUCUGCCCACGUCUUCAUUCGCAUUAUCACCCACAAUGUCUGACGCUCCAGCUGCUGCCCCAGCCAAGGCUACCCCAGCCAAGGCUACCCCCAAGAAGAAGGCUCCCGCCAAGCCUAAAGCCCCCGCCGCUCACCCUCAGUACAAGGUGAUGGUCGCUGCCGCCAUCUCUGCACUGAAGGAGCGCGGUGGCUCUUCCCGCCAGGCCAUCCUCAAGUACAUCAUGGCCAACUACAAGGUCGGUGAUAACCCCACUGCCAUCAACGCUCGUCUCAAGACUGCCCUCAAGGCCGGCGUCAAGGCUGAAACCCUGAAGCAAGCUAAGGGAACUGGCGCUGCCGGCUCUUUCCGCCUGGGAGAGAAGAAAGUGGAGAAAAAACCCGCCAAAAAAGUUGCCAAGAAACCCAAGUCCCCCAAGAAGGCGGCCAAGCCCAAGAAAGCCGCUGCCAAAAAGCCAAAAUCUCCCAAGAAGGCCGCCGCCAAGAAACCUGCCAAAAAAGCUGCUGCCAAGCCCAAGAAGGCCAAGAGCCCAGCCAAGAAGGCCGCCAAGCCCAAAGUUGCUGCCAAAAAGCCAGCGGCCAAGAAGGCUGCUGCCAAGCCCAAGAAGGCUGCUGCCAAGAAGUAAGGAGCUGGUUCCACGUCCCAGUCACCUCACAAUACGGUCCUUUUCAGGACCACC